AUGUUAUUCAAAUCAUUAAUUUCAUUAUCAAACAAUGUUUCAAAAGUUUCAACAUUAAUUUCAGUUGAAAACAAUGAAAAUUCUAUAAAUACUACAACAAAUACUAUAACAUUAAGAAGCACAGUCUUCUUUACAAGACCAAAUUUUAUUAAUUAUUAA